AUGUACAGACGCCUGCGGGACCAAGGCUACGAAUGCGACUCCUCCGAGCCCGAGCCCACCCUGGUGGACGGCAGCAGCUGGGACUCGGCCUCGCCCAGCCAUUCUCAUUCAGACAGGAAAGACAGGAGAGACGCCGGCGAAAAAGACGAGAAAGAGGAGCAAGCCUCGGAUCUCGCGAGUCUGGGCUCCGCAGCCGACACGGUGUCGCUCGCGAACAUCAACCACUGGCUGGACCGGACUCCAGGGAUCCGGGCAAAAGACCGCCAGAUCGUCGCGCCAGACCCGGUGGUCUUCCCGGUCGAUGCCCCCGACUGUCCCGCGCUGCAGUCACGCAUCUCGUGGCUGUUCGACACGCACGGGAUCGGAAGCUCGCUGUGUGGCGAGAUCGCGGCGGCCAUUGCCGGCGCCCCGAUUCGCGUGCAGAAUUGCGAGUGGGCGAUUGACGAAGCCGACCUCGACCGGGCGGCCGAGCUGCUUCGUCUGGACGGGUUUCCCUGCUGUCCGGCGGAUGAUCAUGGCACUGGGUGGAGGCAGAAGGCGGAGGGGCGUGAUGCGUCGGAAACCACGACACAGUACUCCGAGGAGGAGAGCGAUGAGGAAUUGCCGGAUAUCGGGGAAGAGGGAGAAGAGGAAGCCGACGACGAACCAGAAAAGAAAGACAAAAAGGAAGAUGAUGAUGAUAAAACCAAAGGGAAGAGGGUCAAAUGCGCCGUUCUGCGACGCCACAAGCCCGAACACCGGGAUUAUCCCCGGCCAGCGUAUCACUUCCACACCGACCACCGCUAUCCCACCUCCGCAUAUGACGCGGACCAGUCGCGCGGGGUCUUUCUGUACCCCAAAAGGGUGGUGAUCCACGAGGCCAUCCCCAGCCCGCCCGCUGGACCGGCCUCCCACACCAAAGGAGCCCACCAGUGGCCCUUUCGUGUCCCCGACGACGAGAUGUAUGGACCCCCGGUCUACCAGAUCACCGCGUCCAAUGAGCUGCCGACCCCGGGGUUCGGCCUCCUCCACUACCAGGGCAAGCAGGAUCGCAGACUGUAUCCGGUGAAUAUGUUGACCCCGCUGAAGGCGGUGGAGAACCUGGUGCGUCUCAUCAUGCGCCACCAAGGGGAGUGGGUGAACAAUUGGUGGCAGCGGCUGUUCACCGUCUACAUGGUGUUUGUCUUCAAUGUCAAUCAUCUCCAGCACCCGCAAGACCUGUCGGAUCAUGUCAAAUUGGAGAUGGAGGGCACGGGGGACUGGGUGGAAAAUCAGCUGGAUUUCGAUACGCAAAUUGAUCGCGCAUUCCGCGCCUGCUGGGGCGCCAUCCAGAGCAAAACUCGCCCCGACCUGAUGUACCGACAUGGGCCCUCCCAUAAGCAUUUCCAUUACCUGCACUACCAUCGGCAGCAGGUGGGGAGGCCUUGGUACCAGAAACCUAACAGUCAGAGGAAGGGGAUCGUUGACUUCCCGACUCCCUAUUAG